UGGCUGCUAUAUAACCUCGAACUAUCUCCGCUAUCCGCCCACGGUCACCGUAUACAUAUCCAAGAGCUCGUCGACCAUGUCUCUCGACCCUCCGGCUUACCUCUUCACCAUUCAGGCCAAUAUCCGCACCCGGCCCAUAUCAUGGGAAGGUGCCAUGAGAGCUAAGACCAUCACUGAUGGCGAUCUUCAAAAGAUCAAGUCCAUUGAUAAGGUGCGCAAAGAAGAGCGGAAGCAGCGCAUCGACGCAGACGUACAGAGCUUCGUAGUGUUGCUGUUAGGCGGGGAAGGGUCACAGAGCAUCUUUGAUGCCGUAUCGAAGCGGCAGGAGAUUCUUCAGUAUAUGCUGGUUCUUACUGAGGAUUUGAUCACCGAUAGCCCAAGUCUUACAACUGCUCUCGCCCAGCAUCCCACCCCCUUCAAGCCCUUUUUCCCGCUUCUCAAAGCUUCGCAGAACCCAGAGGAUCCUAUUCCGCUGCUCACCUCCUCGCUUCUAUCUAAAUUUCUUUCCUACACCAUUACACAGCCCACUAAGAGUACAGCGCAAAUCGAUGAAGCAUUGCCGCAACUCUACCAAUACCUUUCAGUCUUAGCCAAGAGCUCCGAUGCUGGGCUUCAGGAUAUUGCUGUGCAAGAAUAUUCUUCUGUCUUGCGCAACAAGAAAUCCAGGGAGCUCUUCUGGGACCAGCGGAAGGAGACGUUGGACCCGUUGUUUGAUAUCCUACGGGCUGCAUCGGGAUCCAGGGAUCAGGAUUCUUCUGCUGGUAACAGUGCUUCCGGAAGUGUUCGCAGUGUGCCAGAGGGCCUUUCGGGUGGCGUUGGUCUCCAGCUGCUUUACCACGUUUUGUUGGUAAUUUGGCAGCUCAGCUUCGAAGGUGAACUGGUCGGAGAAGGCCUGCAAGAUGAACAGGAGGUAGUGACCCUCUAUACACACCUUCUCCGCCUGUCGCCCAAGGAGAAGACGACUCGUCUACUUCUGUCCACCCUUUUGAAUCUCCUCACUUCGAAUCGUCAAAUUCUACUCCCCGCUGCUGUUCUUGCCCGUCUCCCGGCUCUUUUAACAACUUUGAAGUCGCGCCACUUGACAGAUGAGGAUGCACUUGAAGACCUCAAAUCUCUCACUGAUCUACUCGAGGAAUACACCACUACACAGACGACAUUCGAUGAGUACGCGGCCGAAGUAAAUUCGGGUCAUCUUCGAUGGUCUCCUCCACAUCGCAAUCCGACCUUCUGGCGCGAGAACGCUCGUCGGAUACUGGAAGAUGACAAGGGCGCUCUGCCCCGCAAGCUGGCUGAAAUUCUCUCCAAGAACUGGGAAGAUAACAAACAAGUAUUGGCAAUUGGCUGCAAUGACGUCGCAUGUUUGGUCAAGGAAGUGCCGGAAAAGAGACACCAGCUCGAGAAGCUGGGGUUGAAGGGUCGAGUCAUGGAACUGAUGCAAGAGGCAGAUGAGAGUGUUAGAUGGGAGAGUCUGCGGGCCGUUGGGGAAUGGCUGCGAUACAGUUUCGAGUCAAAGAGUGAUUUGCCUCUCCGGUAG